AUGAGAGACGAUGCUGCUGGAGUUGAGGAGAAGAAUCUCGGCGAGCUCGUCCGCGAAUGCGGGAGGAACCGCGACCUGUGUGGCGGGCGGCGAUUGCAUGCUCGAAUCCGCGGCAGCAGCAUCCAUGCCCAGAGCUUGUACCUCGCCAAUCUGCUCGUGGAGAUGUAUGGCAAGUGCCGCAGCCCCCGCGACGCGCGAUCCGUGCACGACUCCAUCCCUUGCCCCAAUUCCUUCUCCGGGAAUCUGAUGAUCCAGGCCUAUGUCGAGAAUGGCGAGGUCGAGGAGGCGCGGCGGAUCUUCGAUGCCAUGGCCGAGCGCAAUGCGGUCACCUGGAAUUCCUUGGCGGCUGCCUAUGCUCGGAGAGGGGAUGUGGCGGAGGCCAAGAAGAUCAAGAAGAGCAUGCCGCAGUGGGAUGUGUACCUUGGAACCACGAUGAUCACGCUCUACACUCGCCACGGCCGGAUCCACGAUGCCAGGGCGAUAUUCGACUCGAUUCCCCAGCAAAACAUCGUUAUCUGGAACGCGAUGGUCGCUGGCUACGCCAAGAGAGGAAAUCUUGACGACGCGCGCGCGAUGUUCUGGCGGAUGCCGCAGCACGACGUCGUCUCCUGGAAUGUGAUGAUCACAGCCAACGUCGAGCGCGGGGAGAUUCGCGAGGCCAAGAGGAUCUUCGAUGGAAUGCCCGAGCGCGAUGUGAUCCCUUGGACUGUGAUCGUCGUCGCGAAUGCCGAGAGCGGGGAUGUGGCUAGGGCGCGCAGCGUGUUCUUGAGAAUGCCCCAGCACGAUGUGGUGUCGUGGACGGCCAUGAUUCGUGGUUUCGCGGAAGAGGGACACGUGGACGAUGCGAUGGCGAUGUUCGAUUCCGCGGCGGAAAGGAGCGUGGUAUCCUGGACGGCCAUGAUCGAAGGCCUGGCGACGGCGGGAGAUUUGAAUCGAGCGGUCGAGAUGUUCUCGCUUAUGCCCAAAUGGGAUUCCAUCGCCUGGAACGCGAUGAUCACAGUCUUCUCCCAGAGCGGUCGCGUCGACGAUGCCCAAUCCUUCUUCCACUCGAUGCCCUCUCGCAACAUCGUCUCCUGGAACGCGCUCAUCGCCGUCUACGCCCAAUCUCGCCAGGUCGACGACGCCACCGCCGCGAUCUCUCGCGCGCCACAGCUCGAUGUGAUCUCCUGGAACGCCAUGAUCACCGUGCACGGGCUCGUCGGAGACGCCGUCGCCGCCAAGGCCGUCUUCGAUUCCAUGCCCCAGGCCAACCUCAUCUCCUGGAACGCGAUGAUCUCGAGCUUCGCCCAGGCGGGUCUGAUUGACGAGGCAAGCACCGCCUUCGAUCGGAUGCCCCAGAGGAAUGUAAUCUCCUGGACGAGCAUCGCAGCCGGAUUCGCCCAGAGCGGCCUCGUCGCCCAAGCGAAGCACGCAUUCCAAUCCAUGCCGGAGCGCAAUUGGAUCACCUGGACCGCGGUGGUGGCAGCAUUUGCCCAGAGCGGGCAUUUGGGCGAAGCCCGGGAUCUUCUCGCAAGGAUCCCACACCCGGACGUCAAGCCCUGGGCCGAGAUGGCGACCGCGUAUGCUCGAAACGGGCAUGGCAAGGUAGCGCUGGAGCUGCUCAAACCGAUGGAACUCCUGGGAAUUCCACCCGACGAGGCCACCUGCGUGAACAUCCUGAGCGCUUGCCGGCACGUCGGGCUCGUCGAAGAAGGCCGCCAGUGCUUCUUGUACAUGCUGGAAGAUCGAUGCGUAGCUCCACACUUUGAGAUCUACUGCUCCAUGGUGGAUUUGCUGGCUCGAGCCGGGCAGCUCCCACAGGCCGAGGAGCUUAUCCAGAGCAUGCCAUAUCUUCCCGAUGAUACCACCUGGGGAGCACUGCUUGGCGGCGCUCGGAUCCACAGUGAUAUCCAGUGUGGUCUCCGAGCGGCGUGGAGCGCGUUUGAGGCACACCCCGAGAACCCCGGACCUUAUAUCCUCAUGGCCAAUAUCUUGCUCGAGUGA